UGAUUUUCAAAUAUUCAACAAAUGAAUUGGUUGCUCACACUCUCUGCAGUAUCUUUUCUUACGUAUAACUAGAUCUUUUGUGCACAAGCCUAACCAAAUAAAUAGAACCGGCGCCAACAUUCUCCGUUCUUUUUCUUUUUCUCUAUGGCUCUAUACAUUGAAAGUUGAAGCGUUUGCGUUUCCAUUAUCGUUAGAAUUUCUUCAAAUUCCAUUUUCUGGAGAGAAAGUUUGUAUCUUUUGGUUAGGAACAGUCCAAAUCCCUAUUUUGAUUCUUCCUUUUGAGAGACAAAUCGACCAUGGUUAAGCUUCUUCAAGACCCGAUUACACCUAACAAGGAGCUGCUGAAGAAGAUGAUAGAGCUAGAGAAAAGUCAGGAGCAUCUAAUGCAGGAGAUGUCUCGGCUCAAGGUCUCCACGGAGCUUCGGAAGGAGAGCCGUAUCCAGUGUUCCAUGAAUCUGAGACCAUCGCCCUGGAAGUUCACUCAUAAACAGUAUCUCAAUAUUUUGCAGUCCAUGGCACAAUCUGUUCAUGCCUUCGAUCUCAAUAUGCGAAUUAUCUUUUGGAAUGCUAUGGCGGAAAAGGUUUAUGGGUACUCUGCUGCAGAAGCAGUUGGACAGAACCCUAUUGACGUUAUGGUAGAUGAUCGGGAUGCUCCCUUUGCCAUGACUAUUGCUCAACUUUGUUCCAAUGGAGAGAGCUGGACUGGCAAGUUUCCUGUCAAGCGCAGAACAGGAGAGAAAUUCUCAGCUGUCACUACGUGUUCCCCCUUCUAUGCUGAUGACGGUUCUCUUAUUGGGAUCGUUUCUAUCACAAGUGACGUAGCACCAUAUCUGAACCCAACAAUCUCUUUGGCUAAAUUAAAGGCUUCAGAAGUCGAAACCAGCUCUACCCCUGCAAGGAAUAGUUUUGCCUUUAAACUUGGGUUGGACACCAAAGGAGCUGUUGUAUCGAAACUUGGCCUUGAUUCUGAUCAGCCUAUACAAGUUGCUAUAGCAUCAAAGAUAUCUGAUUUGGCAUCCAAGGUGAGAAACAAGGUCAGGUCGAAAAUGCCAGCAGGUGAUAGUAGUGUCACAGUAUUUGAGGGUGAAACUGGGGAUAGUCAUCAUUCAGAUCAUGGAGUCUUCGGUGCUACUCUCUCUGACCACAUGGAUGAUGCAGCAUCAAGUGGUGCUAGCACACCAAGAGGGGACUUUAUCCAAUCUCCUUUUGGUGUAUUCACAUGUAACGAUGACAAGUUUUCUUCCGAACCCUUCAUAGAUUCCAGUGAUGGAUAUCCUAUAACCCUUUUCACCUCAAAAGCUGAAGAAUGGAUGGUAAAGAAAGGUUUGUCUUGGCCAUGGAAAGGGAAUGAGCAGGAAGGUUCAAGAGUAAAGCCUACUUAUUCUGUAUGGCCUUGUGUACAGAAUGAACAAAAGAAAGAUAAGUCUCACCAGAUCAACCGCUAUUCUGGUGUUAAGUCUAAAAGCCAUGCCUCUGAAAGUAAUAAGCCUACCAAUAACAAGGCUUCUGGUUUGCGGUCUUCUUGUAUAAAUGCGAACAGCGCUAUUAGCCGUGGAAUUAUCAGUCACAGUACUAUGAACAAGGUGGAUACAAAUAGUAAUUGCUUGGAGUAUGAAAUUUUGUGGGAUGAUUUGACAAUCGGAGAACAAAUCGGACAAGGCUCAUGUGGAACUGUCUAUCACGGUCUUUGGUUUGGAUCUGAUGUAGCUGUAAAAUUGAUCUCCAAACAAGAAUAUUCAGAAGAGGUCAUACAAUCUUUUAGACAAGAGGUAUCGUUGAUGCAAAGACUUAGACAUCCUAACGUUCUGCUGUUUAUGGGAGCUGUGACUUUACCUCAGGGUCUCUGUAUAGUGUCAGAGUUCCUUCCACGUGGAAGUCUAUUUCGUCUACUGCAGAGAAAUAUGUCAAAACUUGAUUGGAGGCGGCGUAUCAAUAUGGCCUUGGACAUUGCUCGCGGCAUGAAUUAUCUUCACCGCUGUAGUCCCCCCAUCAUCCAUCGUGAUUUGAAGUCAUCAAAUCUGCUGGUAGACAAGAACUUGACCGUUAAGGUAGCUGACUUUGGUCUAUCGCGUAUUAAGCAUCAUACAUACCUAACCAGCAAGUCGGGAAAGGGAAUGCCUCAAUGGAUGGCACCAGAAGUUCUUCGAAAUGAGUCUGCUGAUGAGAAGUCUGACAUUUACAGCUUUGGAGUAGUACUAUGGGAGCUUGCCACAGAGAAGAUCCCAUGGGAAAAUCUCAACUCGAUGCAGGUGAUCGGAGCUGUGGGGUUCAUGAACCAGAGGCUGGAAAUUCCAAAGGACAUUGAUCCUGAUUGGAUCUCACUAAUAGAGAGCUGUUGGCACAGGGAUGCAAAGCUGAGACCCACAUUCCAAGAACUGAUGGAGAGACUAAGAGACCUGCAAAGAAAGUAUACAAUACAGUUCCAAGCGACUCGUGCUGCGUUAUCUGACAAGUGACAACUCUCUUCUCAAGGACAACUAAACCAAACAAAAGUUGACCCUUUUCACUUAUGGCUUCUUGUUCCUCAACGCCGCAUCGCUUCAAGAUCCAACUAUUGUUCACAGAAACAAAGAAAGAGAGAAAGAGAGAGUUGGUCUUUUUGAACAACAACAAUUGGUGGAAACAUGCUGUGCUGGUGUGCCAAUGUCUUCCACCAUUGAACAAGGUUAUGGCAUUGAAAAUAUCAUGAAGGUUGGUUGACUAUGGUUCGAACGGAGUCUUCCCAGGUACUGAAACAAAAUCAUUGAGGUUGGUCAUAUGUGCUCAUAUUUCUAUGUUUUUACACCAAUGUUGAAAACUAUAAACUAGUGAGCUUGACUCUGCUUUCUGACACUUUGAUCAGAUAUGCAUAAUGCUUUGUACUGACCAGUGCGUCUCCGGCCAUGGUGGUUAAGUAUCACUUCAUUCCAAAUUUAAGAUGAGGCUUUAAUAAAUUUUUGUCUACGUAAUCAGAUGUAAAUUAGAUCUUGAAUAAUGUAUCAAGCUUUCUUUUUUUCUUUUUAAUGAAACCAAGAAAAUACAAGAAGAAAAAUAAAAUAUGAUUUCAAUUUAAA